AUGUCCAGUAUUACUGUGCCCGGCGUUGACGACGUUUAUCAUAUCUCCUGUGUGACGUCAGAAAGACUGUGGGUUAGUGAUCAGAGACGACUUCUGCAGGUGGACAAGACCACACCAGAAGUACAGGAAAAUAAAAUCGAUUUUAAAUAUUAUUCACCAAGAGGAAGUCACUCCGUCUCAGAAGACGGGAACCUGAUUCUUAUAGAUGGCUAUGAGGUGCAGAAGAUGACGUUAGAUGGAACCAUCACUACACUCCUCAGAGAAUCUAGGCGUUUAUUAUGUAUCCACUCCUCCCGUAUUAACGGCGACAUACUGGUUGGUUUUGAAUCUGGAUUGAAAAGGUAUGACUGGUCGGGGGCCCAUCACAUAAAAUUGGGCACUAGGUCUUAUUUUAGGUAUGGUGACUGUUAUCCAAUAUUCAUCACAGAAAACAAAAAUGGAGACAUCUGGGUCUCUGACAGACAUAGAGAAGUAGUGGUGAUGGAUAAAUUAGGACAACAUCGGUUUAACUACAGAGGUCUUUACAAGUCUGACUUUUAUCCCUGUGGUAUUUGUACCGAUAUCCUUGGACAGGUACUGGUGUGUGAUGCAUUUGAUCCCAGUAUCCAUCUCGUGGAUCAGAACGGUCAGUUCCUGCGUCACCUGCUGACAGAAGAACAUGGACUACGCUGUCCAAUGGCUCUGUGUGUGGACGAAAAACACAACCUCUAUGUGGGAGAGAAGAAUAGUAACACAAUAACAGUGUACAAGUAUCUACAGGAAACGGAGAAUUUAAAAUCAUCCAUUAUCGAAUCAAAAUAA